AUGGGUUCUGCUGCCGAGUAUCCUGGGUUACAUGUUGGAGCUGGCUGCAGGGUCGAGGGGACAGGAGUGUUCGAACAAUCCACGGAAGAACAAACCACUGCCGAUUAUUUCUCAGAUUUGACAAUGCCAUGUGACAAGACUGAAGUCAGAAACUUUACAAAAACUUUUCUUCCUAUUGCUUACUCACUGAUAUGUGUCUUGGGCCUUGUGGGCAAUAUAUUUGUGGUGAUAACAUUUGCUUUAUAUAGGAAGUCUGAAUCAAUGACCGACAUAUGCCUCUGCAAUAUGGCUAUUGUAGAUAUCUUGUUUGUUCUCACUCUUCCUUUUUGGGCGGUAAACUAUGCUCUGGACGAGUGGAUCUUUGGUGAUUUCAUCUGCAAGCUCAUCAAAGGUAUCUAUGCAAUUAACUUCAACUGUGGCAUGUUGCUCUUGGCCUGUAUAAGCAUGGACAGAUACAUUGCUAUUGUGCAAGCGACAAAGUCAUUUAAGCUGCGGUCAAGGACUCUAGCAUACAGUAAAGCGAUCUGCUUGGCAGUGUGGGUAUCAUCAAUUUUAAUCUCAAGUUCUUCCUUCAUGUUCAGUGAAAGCUACCCACUUUCAACAAAUGGAACAAAGCACAUUUGCGAACAUAAAUCCAAUACAGAGUCCAAUGUAAUGUUGAAAUCACUGAUAUUAAGUCUCCAGCUUUUAUUUGGAUUUUUCAUCCCUCUGCUAUUCAUGGUUUUUUGCUACACCUUCAUUGUCAAAACCUUAGUGCAGGCUCAGAAUUCCAAAAGGAGCAAAGCUAUACGUGUCAUUGCCUCAAUUGUAAUUGUUUUUUUGAUAUGUCAAAUCCCUUAUAAUGUGGUUCUUCUUGUGACGGCAGCAUCGAUGGGAAAACUGGAUAAAACUUGCCCACGUGAAAAGCAAAUGGCCUAUGCAAAAUAUAUAACAGAAAGUCUGGCCUUCUUACAUUGUUGUAUGAACCCUGUGCUCUAUGCAUUUCUUGGGGUGAAAUUUAGAAAUUAUUUUAUGAAAAUAAUGAUGAGUCUGUGCUUUGCAAAAUCCAAAAAAUGUGGAAGCACCAAUUGUUCAAGGGUAAGUUCUGAUACUGCCCAUUCUAGACAGACAAGUGAAAUGUGUGAAUGA